AACGGAAACAUGCAUGCUCCCUCCUGCUCGACUGCUCUCAUCACUACCUCUGAGCACGGAUCACUGAAGAGUUGUUGGGUCUUGCGUGGAAUUUGACCUAGCACCUUUUAAAUGAUUGAAACGGAGUAAAAAUGGACCAGGAUGAGUUUGAGGACGUAGAGUCACAUGGACACUGGCAAAAUCUGUAUAAUGAAAUCCGUAACCAGUCUCAAGAAUGUCCCUACAAAGUGGCAAAAUUCCCAGAAAAUCAGAACAGGAACAGAUACAGAGACGUCAGCCCAUAUGAUCACAGUCGGGUGAGAUUAGAAAAUUUAGAAAAUGACUACAUAAACGCAAGCUUGAUAACCAUGGAGGAAGCUCAGAGAAACUACAUACUGACCCAGGGACCCUUGACUAAUACUCGUGGUCACUUUUGGUUAAUGAUCUGGGAGCAGCGGUCCAAAGCUGUCAUCAUGCUCAAUAGAGUCAUAGAAAAAGGCUCAGAGAAAUGUGCUCAGUACUGGCCCUCAGAAGAAGAGAAACAAAUGUAUUUCAGUGAUACGGGGUUUGUGGUGACUGUAGUGACUGAAGACAUUGAAACUCAUUACACAACAAGACUGCUCGGGCUUCAAAACAUCAAAACAGGAGAGAGAAGAGACCUCUACCACUUUCAUUUCACCACUUGGCCUGACUUUGGCGUGCCUGAGUCCCCUGCAUCUUUCCUCGACUUUUUGUUCAAGGUUCGAGAAUCUGGCUCAUUGGAGCCUGAGAAUGGGCCGGCUGUGGUCCACUGCAGUGCUGGGAUUGGCCGUUCAGGGACAUUCUCUUUGGUUGACACCUGCUUGGUCCUGAUGGAUAAGAGGAAGGAUGCUUCAUCUGUAGAUGUACAGAAAGUCCUAUUGGACAUGAGGGAGUAUCGCAUGGGCCUCAUCCAAACCCCAAACCAGCUUCGUUUCUCUUACAUGGCCAUAAUGGAGGGAGCCAAGUGCAUCUUGGGGGACUCCAUUCUGAAGCAACAAUGGCAAAACAUGUCUAAAGAGGACAAGGAGCCACAGACUGACCUGGGUCCAGCUCUGCAGGACACUGCAAGACAGCCAGAUGAAAUGAUUGGACAGAUCUCAAAGCUAGGAAGUGAAAAGGAUCCAACAGUGUCAGUAAAGGAAGAGCAGCAAGCAGAUUUAAAACCAGAGAGCUUGCGUAAGCGACAUCGUGAGGAGCGGAUAGCCAGCACAGCACAAAAGAUCCAACAGAUGAAGCAGAAGCUGAAUGAUGUGGAGAAGAAGAGAGAGACUUGGCUGUACUGGAGGCCUGUUCUCUUGAAUGUAGGAGCUGGAGCAGCUCUAGCAAUGGGUCUGUUCCUGUGCUGGGCAUUUCUCUCACCGUGAUGCCGCUAUAAUCAUAUAGACUUUUUACACUCAGACAUUUUGGUUCACUGUGAGAUCCAGGACAGCGAGCUCUUUGAUAGCAAAAGGCUUUUUUUUGUGCAAACAAAGGUGCUCACUAGGACAUUCUGCCUGAUUUCUUGAAUAAAAUAUUUAUACAGAUCGCUUUAUAUUGCAUACAAGCCCUCUAGCUUGGCUCUUGAUGAUUUCAGUGUUUAGAAGCUUGGUCUGUCAGCACUACUACAAAAUUUGUUGGCCCAAGAAGGACAUUGUUUUGCUGAAAUUUAUUUGAGAAAAUCACUCUAUGAACUUUGGAUGUAUUUGGGUGUCACUCACCAGUGUAAGAUAUUCCUGUCACUUUGUCUUUUUUUUUUCUCCUUGUUCUCACAUCUCAGGAGGUCUUAUUAAUAAAUGGAAUAUAAAACAUUCCACCAAAUUUAAGAGGUGGCUCAUGUCCCAUUUUGAAUAGUGAUGUGUAUAUAUUAAAGACUUUUUGCUGAAGAAAGAAAA